AAAUCAUUCUUUGGUUGACGUCUGGACCUCUUUCUUCUCCGCUUUCCAAGAGCUUUCUGUGUCUGUUUUCGAUCUGGUUCCAUAGUUAUGAAAUGUCCCACAUUCCUAAUCAUCUUUGUAAGACUUGUGUUCAUUCAUCAGCCUUGUUACUGUCCCUUAUUGAAGUACCGGAGCUUCAGUACUCAGUGUUGUAUUCUGAAGUAGUUACUUGCAACUGAGACUAUGAGCGGAGGGAUUCGGACAAGCGUGAAGGGGUACCUUUUAGCGCAACGCCUCACUUUGGCCUUGGACCCAUUGUUGGAAAAUGAGAACAUCAACAACAAUGUCACAGCUCCCCUAGAUCCACCUCCACAUCCAGUUGAGGACAGUCAGGAGACGACAAUGGAUUCAACUACAUAUGGGCUCGGUAUCUGUGACGGUAACAUUCCUUGCUUCCCAAUGUUGAACUCUGCAAAGAGCAUGGCUUCAUACAGGACUAGAACCAGAGCUGAGAGCCCCCCUCCCCAAGGUGUGAAUUUGAAUAGCAACAUACCAUCUGUGUCGGUGCCUUUAUCUCCUCAGACGGAGGGUGAGAGAUUGCAGUCCUUCAACUUGAAGAGCUUCCACUAUAAUGAACUGAAAACAGUCACCAGGAACUUUCGUCCUGAUGGUAUUCUGAGUGGAGGUUUUUGUUCUUUCUAUAAGGGGUGGAUCGAUGAGCGAUCGUUCACAGCUGCCAAGCCCGGUUCCGGCAUGGCCGUUGCAAUAAAGAGGCUUAACCAACAAGGCACCCUGCAGAGUCACAAGGAAUGGAUGGAAGAAGUUAACUGCGUUGGACAGCUGAGUCACCCAAAUCUUGUAAAACUUAUUGGUUACUGCCUAGAGGAUGACAAGCGGCUUCUGGUGUAUGAAUUUGUGCCUAAAGGCAGUUUGGAAAAUCAUAUUCUUAGAAAGGUUUCUUCUUGCUUUCAAAUACUGUCAUGGAACCUGCGCAUGAAGAUUGCACUCGGUGCUGCUAAGGCUCUAGCAUUUCUUCAUGAUGAGGCAAAAUGCAUAUAUGUGGACUUUGAGACAUCUAAGAUCCUUCUUGAUUCAAACUAUAAUGUCAAAAUAUAUGGUUAUGGUUUAGCCCAGGAAGGGCCUGAAGGUUAUAGAACCCGUCUCUUGGAUAUGGAUAAACUUCCUUGGUAUGAGGAUAAAUUGAUUGAGCACAACGGCGGGCCUUAUACAGCUCCUGAGUAUAUAUUUGCAGGUGCAGAUCACUUGACCCCCAGAAGCGAUGUGUACAGUUUUGGAGUUGUUCUGCUCGAAAUCUUGUCAGGCCGACGAGCAAUUGACAUAAGCCGGCCAGUGGCAGAACAUGAUUUAGUUCGGUUUGCUUUUACCAAGGUUCCCAGGAAACAAAUAGUUCACCAAAUUAUUGACAUUCGUAUGGAAGGCCACUACUCUAAGUCUAGAGCUGUCAAAGCACUUAAACUUGCAAGACAAUGCCUGUCAGUGGACUCCAAGCUUAGGCCAGACAUGCAUCAGGUGAUAGAAAUAUUGGAGAACCUUCAGUCCUCUGGUGACAGGGAAGCCAGCCUCUGGGACCUCUCAAACUGAAUCUGGCCAAAAUCUUCAUGGAAAUUCUUGCAAUGAUCCCAACUAUCACCGGAGCAGAAUCAAUCGCAGGCCCAAAGCAACAGCUGCUUCUCCUCCCACGGCAUCUGUUUCGUGAACUCUUUAUUUCCGGUUUUCAGCAGUUUCAUCAUUCAAGUAAAAUGGGAAUUGAGGCAAAAAGGAGGGAAUAUAAUUAAGAAAAAAGAUUAAGAAACAAUGCAUUACUGUAACGAAUACUACCGCAACAAAUGAUUCUUGGUUUGUCUAA